AUGGAUGGGGUACUGUUUCCCACCGCAGAGCCUCUAGCUGACGUCGAGUCACCGCGCAUUGCCGUACACAAGGGGACGCCUUGUGCCGCCCCUGUGUUAGUGUCGCUCUCCUCAGAGUUGCGGUGGCCAUCUCGUAGAGCUGCCGUGUGGUGUGCGUCGCCCAUCUCUGGGCAACAGCUCCGUAGCCAUCCGCACGAGCCCGGCGCACGAAUUUUCCAUGUGUGGCAAGUCGUCGCAGGAGAAGUUCCACUCCUCGAAGCAGCACAACCAGUUGUUGACGGUAGCACCACCAGUGUUCCCCUUCUCCCAAAGCCUCGUAGAUGUCAUUGGCCGCCUGAUGUGUCCUAUAGCGUUGCUUCCACACCUGGAUAA